AUGACUGGGUUCCGUGCGUGCCUUCUUCUGGCCCUGGCCACCAGCGCCUUCGCCGGUUACGUCCAGGGAGGUCUUGGCUAUGGCUACGGCCUUGGCUACGGUUAUGGCCUUGGCUACGGCAGUGGUCUCGGUUAUGGCCACGCUAUCGGUCUUGGCCACGGCUUUGGCUACUCUGGACUGACCGGCUAUUCGGUCGCUGCUCCAGUCGCCAGCUACGCUGUUGCUGCUCCAGCUGUGAGCCGCACUGUGUCCACUUCUUACCACGCCGCUCCAGCUGUCGCUUCUUACGCUGUGGCUCCUGCUGUGGCGAAGGUUGCGACCACUUACGCCGCCCCAGCCGUCGCCUCCUACGCUGUGGCUCCAGCUGUGGCGAAGGUUGCGACCACUUACGCCGCCCCAGCCGUCACCUCCUACGCUGUUGCUCCAGCCGUGGCCAAGGUUGCCACCACUUACGCUGCCCCAGCUGUAGCCAGCUACCAGACCUAUCACGCUGCCCCAGCUGUGACCAAGGUGGCCAGCUACCAGGUCGCCCCAGCUGUUGCUUCCUACGCUGUUGCCCCAGUUGCCACAUACGCUGCCGCCCCAGCAGUCACCAAGGUUGCCACCACCUACCAGGCCGCCCCAGCUAUCGCUACCUACCACGCUGCUCCAGCUGUCACCACAUAUUCCGCCCCAGCUGUGGCUAAGGUUGCCACCACCUAUCACGCUGCUCCAGCUGUUGCCUCUUACGCAGUUGCCCCAGUCGCCACCUACGCUGCAGUCCCAGCUGUUUCCAAGGUGGCCACCACCUACCACGCUGCCCCAGCUAUCUCCACCGUUGCCCACGCCCCAGUUUACGGCUACGGAAUCGGCACUCUGGGCUACGGCGUCGGCCACUACGGCUUCGGUCACGGUCUUGGAAGCUACGGUCUGAACUACGGUUAUGGCCUUGGUGGUUUCAACGAUUACGCUGCCCUUCUUCGCAAGAGGAAGUAAAUUGAAGAAGAGUGUCCACAAGAGUGGACUGGGAGAUAAAAACACCGGACUGGAAGAUACCAGGAGUGUGUUCUUAAUCUCGUAGUUGCCAAUAAAUUAUUUGUACCACCCAAAA